AGACGUGUGUGAAAUUUAUUGCCUUUCCUCUUGUCAUUAGAUAACAAUUUGUAAACGUUGCGGAUAUCUGUUUAAGUGUGAUUUGCACAUUUCGAUAGGAGAGUAAUUUCAAUAUAACGUUGAACGUGUAGAAAGCAACAUCAGCUGGUUUCAAAGCACGUCAAGGAUGAAACAUUCAUGUGACCCUCUGACACAGUCGAAACAUGUCAGAAGCGACUGAGCCGACAUAAUAGGAGCUUUCAGAUACUUGAGACUUGACAGGAUAGAGGCCUAGUGGCCUACACCAGAGAUUCUUACUUUCCACUCUCUCCGCCUACACAUCACAGCUGAGCUGACCGAUUUCCAUCAUGGUUAGCUGCACUGUGCAUGGAUGCCGUAACCGCUCUGAGACAGGGGCGCGGAUGUACGGACUUCCCGCCAAUCUUGAGAGGAGAAACAAAUGGCUGCUCCGAGCACGCAGGAGUGAUCUUGUUAAGAGGAAGAGCAACAUCAACAACAUCAAACUCUGUGAGGCACAUUUUGACCCAAGCCAGUUUUGCUGGUCAAAAAAGGGCAGAAUUCGACUGGUAGCUGAUGCCGUACCCACCAUCUUUACACAUUGCCACUUUGACAAGAAGAGGAGGGAGCCGAGGCUUUGGCCUGCAACACUUCCUGCUUCUGAUCAUGCCACCUCCCGUGUAGACGAGGCGCGUUUUGAGAGGAACCAGUUGAGCUCGGCUGUUCAGCAAGUUCGGCCGACGGAUGAUGCUAUACCCACCAUCUCUACACAUCGCCCCGUGAAGAAAAAGAGGAAGGAGACGAGGCCUGCACCACCACCCGUUUCUGCUCCUGACAUACCUGCCACCUCCUCUACAGACGAGGCACAUUUUGAGACGGGCCAGUUUAGCUGGACCAAUGCUGACAUAGCUCUGCUGACAGCGGAUCCUAUACCCACCAUCUUUACACAUCGCCCCGUGGACAAUAAGAGAAAGGAGGCGAGGCUCUGGCCUGCAACAUCACCCUUUCCUGCUCCUGACAUACCUGCCACCUCCCUUGUAGACGAGGAUGUGGAAUGCAAUACGCAAAUCUUGAAGUCGAGGUUACAGGAGGAGGAAGGUGAUUUGCAGCAGUCUCGGGAUCAUGAAGUAGAGUUGUGCCAGACCCUGAGACUGCAGGUAGAAGAUCUCCAGAAGAGACUUGAGGAGAAGGACAACAAACUCAUUCAGGCAAACAAGGUGAUGAGAGCACUGAUGGAUGAGGUGCAGAAACUACGGCAACAGCUGGAGCAGCAGAGACGGAAGUACCGUGAUGACGUAAUUGAACAGAGAGACCAGCAGUGUCCGUGUGGAAGAGGAAAUGACACCACAUUGGGUCGUCGGGUCCCACCAAACAUCUUCCUGUCCUGUACAACGGAGGACGACCCAGAAGACGUUCCAAUGUCACCACAGGAAGUGGAGGACGACGCAGCAGGUGUUCCAACGUCCAGACGGAAGUGCCUUGAUGACACAAGUGGACGGGAGGGUCUGCUGUGUUGGGGUGCAAGAAAUGACCUGAUCCCAUUGACAGGAAGUGUUCCAUCAGACUGUCGUCUCAGUGAGCCAGAGUCUGGAUCCUCAGAUGCAGGAACAUCACAUAAGGAUAAUGUUGCAUCACACAGUCCUCCACUACGAUCUCCUCUGGGAACCAACAUUGGUCUUGGAACUGAGACAAGAACUGCCUUGUCAGACUAUCAUGCCAGUGAGCCAGAGCCUGGUUCCUCAGAUGCAGGAACGUCACAUAAGGACCAGGAUAUUACAUCACAGCACUCUCCACCAUUUUCUCAUCUGGAAACCAACGCUGAUAUUAAAACUGAGGGUGGCGAGAUCGCAAUCUCCCCAUCUUGUACCUCAGAGGACGACCCAGCAGAUGUUCCAGACCUUCCAGAUGUACCAUCUCCCGGCGAUGGUUCCAUGACAUCACCACAGGAGCCGAAUCUGCCCGUGCCGUCCUUGAGGCUACUAGACUGCCGUGAAAUGGUGGGACCUGAUGGAAUUUUUAAGGUUCAAAUCGUAGAGGACCCCAGCGAUGAGGGUGACCAUGCCGACCCCCUACGUCAUCAGGACGGUGACGGCGACCGUGACUGCAAGCAAGAAAAACCAAGCUUUGCUGAGCCUGUUGUUGGAGGAGAACAGAAGAAGCAGAGUGGGGACAAGAAACUCAAGAGAAAAACGACCCAGGGACUCAAGAAAAAAAUGACCCAGGGACUCAAGAAAAAAAUGACCCAGGGACUCCAGAGAAAAAUGACCCAGGGACUCCAGAGAAAAACUGCUCAAGAUUGCCAGUAUUGGCCAAACUGCCAAUUUGUCAAGCCUACCCACAAAUCUCUCAAUAGAGUGGACAGAAUUAUCACUCCGAGCAGUGUGUUGCAGUGCAGAGAAUGUGAAGAGACAUUCGCCUUUCCAAGGCAACUGUUCAUUCACCAAAGCAUGCAUGCCAAGGAGAGGUACACCACUGACGCCACCCCACAUGAGAACACAUCCACCGACUCUCCCAACGCUGGAUGUCUCAACACUGAACGCUUUCAGGUGGACCAUGCUUAUGCCAAGCCCUAUGAUGAAAACCACGACGCCGACACGGCCCAUGUAGGAGAAAGUCCUCAAUUAACUCUUCUCACAUUCACUAAAGAGUCUCUGCAUGGAAACGCAUCCGCUGACUAUCCUAAAACUGUGAGCCCUCAGGAAGUAGAGGACGUUAGUGCAAAUGCAACGCCUGAGCCUUGUACUUUGUCCUUACUAGUGAUACAACACUUGCAUUCACAAUCUCUGCCCAAACUGGAGAGACCUGUGGAGAAAAAGCCUCUCUAUCAAUGCGAUGUGUGUGGGAAGAUACUUGGUAAUAAGCAAAAUCUUACUAUCCACAAAAAACGGAACACAGAUGAACAGCCUGAUGCCUGCAAACAGAAAAGGAAAAAGAUUCUCCAUCAGUGUGAUGUGUGUGGGAAAAUACUUAGCAAAAAGGGACGUCUUAUUGCUCACAAACUUAUGCAUACAGGUGAAAGGCCUUAUGGCUGCCAAUACUGUGACAAAACGUUCAGGUAUCGCUCAAGUCUCGACCAACACCAGUGGCAACAUUCCACAACACCAGAGGCAAGACCCUGUUUUGAAUGCGACUUGUGUGGGAAAAAGUUUGUAAACAAAGGAAGUCUCGUCAUUCACAAAGGACUGCAUGCUGAUACAAGCCGUUUUGCCUGCAAAUACUGUGACAAAACUUUUGCACUGCGUUCACUUCUGAGAUCGCACAUGAGUGUGCACACAGCUGAAAAGCGUCACGUCUGCACUCAGUGUGGCGCAGCGUUCACACAGUCAGGCAAUCUUCGCGCGCAUAUGAGAACUCAUUCGCAGGAAAGACCUUUCAAGUGUACAGUUUGCAACAAGGCGUACAGAACUAAGGCACACUUAAAAAUACAUUCAAGAAAGCAUACGGGGGAAAGACCCUAUUCCUGUUCUCAUUGUCCCAGGAGCUUCCCCACUACAGGUCAGCGCCGUAAACAUGAGGUUAGCCAUUCAGAUGAGAAACCAUACUUGUGUCUGGUGUGUGGUCAGAGAUGCAAAACGCGACAGAGUCUUCAAACUCACGAGUGGCUGCACACAGGAGAGAAGCCAUUCUCCUGUACACACUGCAAUAAGGCCUUCAGAUUUAAAUAUCUGCUUGCAGAACACAUUCGAAUACACACUGGAGAAAAGCCCUACCAAUGCUCAGACUGUGGGGAGAGAUUUCACACCGUCACUAGACUCAAAGUCCACCAAGUUCAUUACCACGAAAAGGUGCACUCCUGCCAUGUUUGUGGGAAGGCUUUUCGAUCUGAAUCUGCACUGAAGGUCCACCAGAGAGUGCAUACUGGAGAGAAAGCCUACCAGUGCUCCAUCUGUGGGGAGAGAUUCCGCUACGAGAAGCCCCUGCAGACGCACCAGAAAAAGGAGCACAAUAUGGAUUCCCCCAAGUGUCAACAGAAGAGUCAGCAGAGAGUACGCACUGGAGUGAAACGCACAAAUACACAAUCUGUCGGGAAGAAUCACAGAACACAUUCGCACUUGAGUGACGUCCUUCAAAUGCCUGGACUGUGAGGAGAGGUUUUUUCACUGUUUUUUCUCUUAAAGGUGCAUUGCAGUAAAUAUUAGUUUAUUAUUCAGCAUUAGCAAUAGGCUGCACAGUUUCAAUUAACAAAAUAGUUGCAAUACUUACUCUGGACACCAAUCUACAAAGUGUAAGCUUACCUUUUUGAUCAUUACCAAUUUCAACAGCAAGGCAAUUUGUAGGCCAAUCUCUUAUACACUGUUUACACAUACCUGUGCAAGUACAAAAAAAGACUUUUCUCUUCAUUUGUACAAACGGAUAUUAUUUAUUCUGAAAAUGAUUUUCUAAAAUCUGUGGCAAAAGUGGAGAUUUUCUAAAUGUAUUAGCAAAGGAAGACAGAGACUUAAAUGGCUCUCCCCUCGCUACGCUGCCACACACAAGUGCACCAUGGGCCUAGCUCUAUUCAUGACAAAUCUUUAUGUGGAAACACUGAUGUGUGUGAACAAGGUUUUUUUUUUUU